CUAAUUAACAUUUCACACACUCGGCGUGAAAACACACACAUUCACACACACAUGCAAACACAGAGGCGCGCGGGGACUUGAUGGCACGCGGUGUCAGGACGCUCACUUUCAUCUCUCUCAGCGGAGUGCGGACGUGCACGCAUGCAGGCGCGUGUACGUGAGCACGCGCACAGUUUAUUUAUUGACGAGCAUCAUGCUGGCUCGGGUCCGUGUUUGACACUCGGAGGGCCGGAGGUGGACCAGAGCGGCGGCCGGACGGACUGACCCGAGCCCGGCUCUACCCGGAACCAUUAUGCAGACAGGAAACUACCAUUUUAAGGCUAGCAGCAGCGGAGCAGCCGUCGUCUACCGAGGGGGACACCGAAAACCGACACAGGGCGGAAAACAGGCGGAGAAGAGCAGGAAAAACACGACGGAAACAAAACAAAGGCGCCGUGAGGCUGAAGACGAGCAGUGAGCGGCCGGAGCUGCGGGUCGGGGGAGGCAGACAAUGGUCGGAUCGGGCCGGGCCGGCGGGGACAGUUUUUGUUAGCGAGUGAAAAGCAGAUGGAGAGCCGGGCCUUUCACAGUGUUGUUCCACGGAUGAAGAAAAAGGCCCCGCUGACAGCCAGUAGGGACUCCGCUCUCUCGGCGCGCCCUCUCCUCGGUGCUUCCACACUUUCACCGCCCUGUUUCUGAGCUCGCUUGGCCGCCAGACGUGUCCAGCUCCGAGAUCGUCCACCUGAAGGCGUCGGUUGUCUCCGGAGGAAGCGGGCCGUUUCCUUCCACGGCUGCGGUCCAGCGGGGAGCUCCAGACCUGUGGAUCCGCCGGCUCCCAACAAAACUUCAUGACGGGACAGAAGGGCCGGGAAGCGAUGGUUCAUCCUCCUCUGGAAUAACGGACACACUCCACUUCGUGGGACUGCUGAUCUGACUCUAAAAAUCAGCUUACGGUUAUGGAACACUUAAAAGGAACACUACAGACUCAGUUUUUUAAUAUCGUUUAGUAUAUCGCCUAUUUAUGACCCAUUUUAUAGCAUCCCAGAGACACAGCUGGAGGCUUCGCUUUUAAAUGGAGAGUAAAUGUAUUAGUGGUACAUUCAUGUGAGAGACUCAAGCAUCGGCUUUUGUUGGAUUUUAGUGGCUUGUUGGAAGUCUGGGGUAGAAACCGCAGCGGCCUCUACCUCUGAAGAUCAAACUGUGUUAGUUUGAUAAGGGCUCAUUACUGUUUCUAGAAACUGGACUUAGUGGACGGGGUAGUUUUACCCCCUCGACACUUUGCCACAGCUGCAUUGGGAGAUGUUCCAGUUCAGCAAGUACCCCAUGGACAUUUUAGAGAUGCUAAGUGGACACCAAGCCCACCAGUUCAAAGGCCUUGGAUUAGAACGACAACUGAGCCACCAACAGCAAGUCCAGCUGCAGCAUCAGCAGCAGCUCCAGCAGCAGCACCAGCCCUCUGCUGACAGCUCUGGAAGCCUCCUGUCCGGCCUCGGUCUGGGGUCCCUCCAGAGCUCUCGGAGCAACGCCUUUGCCGACUCCUCGUCAUUAUUCGCCAAAAUGAGCGCCCCGCCCCCCUCCAUCUCCCACCAGAGCCAGUCGUCCUCGUCGUCCCACAGCUCCAGGAAGUCCAGCAAGAUGAGCAGUAGUAGCAGCAGCGGGAGUGGGAGUUCCUCGUCGGGAUACCCCCAGUUCCUGCGACCGUUUCACCCAGCCGAGGCGGCGCUGGCUCAGGAGCAGCUCCACUCCGGGAUGGGACGGUUCGACUUUGGCGGGAGCAGCAGUGGGGGAAGCGCAGGGGUGAUCGGGGGAGUUGUUGCACCAGCACCCCCACCUCCCCCGUUACAUCCGGGGCUCUCUGUCGCCCAGCCCUCCCCUGGACCCUCCUCUUCCUCACCUUCGCCCUCCACCUCUGCUUCAGUGUCCAACAACCCCUCCGGCAGCACUGCAGUCCCCCUUGUCAGCCAGUCUGAUCCCCGCAGCCUCCACCAGCAGUUCAGCUGCAUGCUCGCCGCCAACCAGUACUUCCUGUCGGGCGUCCCCACCAACAGCAGCCUGGAGCAGUUCCUCGUCCAGCAGGGGACUCACAACCACUUGGGCUUGGGCCUCGGCCAGGGGGCCACCGAGUCGAACUCAGCCUUAGCCCCGCCUCCCGCCCUCCACUCCUCCCACAGCCACAGCCACACAGCUCCACAGCCUCAACAGCAGCAACAGCAGCUGACCCCUCAUGCCUUAUCGCACCCACACAGCCACACUCACCACCCGCACCCCCUCCACCCGGCCCCACAGCCCGCUCCACUGGGAGGCUUUGAUUUCCAAGGCAUUCCAGUCCUUUCCUCCAACCAGAUAGCAUCACUAAUGCAGCAGGAGGCCGGCCUCCCCCUGCCCCUGCCGCUGCACCUGUCGCUCUCUAAAGACGACGGGACAAAGUCGGGAGACAGCUCGUCUACGUCUGCUUCGAGCGGAGGAAGCAGGAGAAAGAAAGCGAUGGCGGGCUACCUGCCCCAGAGGAAAAGUGAAAGUAGCAGCCACAGCAGCCACAGCCAUAGCAGCAGCAGCGUCAGUAACUGCCACAACAGCAGCUCGAGUGGGCACAGUCAGAGCUCCUCGACGGGCCUGGUAGGCGGAGGGUCUGGGGGUGUUGGUCUAAGUGGCAUCGGAAGUGAGCCACAGCAUUCCUCUCUCCUCUCCUCGUCCUCGCAGCAACAGCAGUCGUCCUCCACAGUGUCCUCUUCGUCAUCUGCUCCCGCCUCCUCAAACUCCACCUCUGUGCUCGUAGCCAACGGCAACCAACAGCUGUCCAAGUCCCAGGACAGUCACAGCAAUAGCUCGUCAGGCCAGCCUGAACCAGAACCCCUUUACCACUGUGGUGAGUGUGGUAAAACCUUCACCCACCUGUCCAGCCUUCGAAGGCACCUCCGCAGCCACGGUUUGACACCAGAAAGCCAAAGCAGGAAGUCGGACUGUAACUCUCCCAGCCCGGAGAGGAUAUUCUGCUGUGGCGAAUGUGGGAAGAGGUUUAAAAAGAGGGGUCACCUCAUCCAGCACAGUGUCACCCACUCAGAAAACCGGCCUUUUGUCUGCAGCAUCUGCCAAAAGUCCUUCAAUCGUCGAGAGUCACUCACGAGACAUGAGAAAAUCCAUGACGAGAAGCCUUUCCGCUGCCCGGCUUGUGGGCGUUGUUUCCGUGAGAGCACAUCUCUUCUCAACCAUGCUGCCUCGGGGGCUUGUGGCAAACCACCUCGCAGCUCCAAAAACCGGGCCAGCAGUGGAGGGAGCGCAUCGUCCAACCCGAGCAGCCGCAAAAUGGGGAGCAGUGGGGAAAGGGUCGCGAUUUCAAACGAUGGGGCGGGGAUGGCGAAUGACAAGUAUGCAACAGAUUACUCUAGAAAUCGCUACCAGAACCAGUCGUCUUACAACAGUGGCGUCGACGACUACAGACGGUCACAGUCUUCAUCGCUGUACCCCUCAGAGAGUACAUUAGCCAGUGAAAUGACCAACCAGACUCUCCGUAAAGCCCCUUUAGCCCCAACUCUUCAUCCACAUCCACAGAGUCAACAACAGCACCACCACCAUCAGCCGCAACAGACACAGCAGCCCCACCUCCCCCUCUCGUCCCUAUUGGAUGAUUCAGAGGAUGAGGUCACCAGCAGCGCGAUGUCGGCCAUUGCCGCUGCAGCUGCAGCCUCAUGUGACAUAAACACAGAGAGCCGGGAAGGAGAGAGGAGGGAUAUCAUUGGGGGGCUGCUGGGGGGGUUGGGGUUUGGUAACUUGGGUGGACCGUCAUCCACGUCCAGCCUCAAUGGCUCCACCAUGCCCCUGACCCACCCCAGCCAGCCCCACACAAAGCCCAGGAGGCCCAGAAAGCCCCGAGAGAAAAGGGACCCGAACACUAUUGUCCGGAGGAGGAGGAGCCCUGCGCCUCCAGGGGACGGCUCAGAGAGGCCCUACGGAUGUCAGAUAUGUGGCAAGCGCUUCAGACGGGCGGAGACAUUGCGGCGCCACAAUCGCGUUCACACGGGGGAGAAGCCUCACGCCUGCGAUGUCUGCGGCAAAAUGUUCCGGGAGCCUUUCCACCUCACUAAGCAUCUGACUGUGCACUCAGGGCAAAAGAACUACAAAUGCAACCUCUGUGGGAAGAUGUUUGCCUACGCCCAAAGUCUAGUGAGGCACGGGAAGCUGCACAGGAAGGGGGAGAUCGACAACCAGGGGAGGAGGAUAAAAGGUGCUGCUGCUGCCAUCAGUCAGGUCGCCAACUCGGGAAACUCUGACUACUUCUCGUCCUGCUCCCAAGGAGAAAAGUCUCCGACAUCUGGCACCCCCUCUCAGAGGCUUUAUACCUGCACAGUGUGCUGGAAGUCAUUCCGCCAUUACUUCCACCUGACGGCACAUCAACAGACCGUCCAUGGGGGCGGGGUCGGACUGGAGAAGUCCUUUCGUUGUGAGGUUUGUGGCAAAGCUUUCGCCUACUCAAACAGUUUAGUGCGGCACAAGCUGUCUCAGCACGGCAUCGACCGGAGCGGCCAGCGCGUCAACCAAUCCCAACCCUCUGGAUACUCGCCGCUCUUCUACGAUUCCGGUUCAGGUUCCAACUAUGCCGGGUCGUCCCACAUGCAGCAGGGGGCUUCAGGGCAACAACAGCAGCAGCAGCCACCGCAACAGCCACAACAUCCACAACAACAACCACAGCAGCAGCUGCAGCACCCUUUUCACUACCGUGCAAAAAACUUCCAAAAGCGGCAUGGACAGACAAGAAAACACCGAAAGAAAAAAAGGCGCGUGGUGAUCCACAGCAUCAUGAGAGACGGAAAGCUGGUGGGUGUCCCCCUAAGUAAAGACACUCGCAGGAAGCUGUCGAUGCUGAGGAAGAGGAGGGGCAAACUGCAGGCUCAGCUCAACAAGAAGAAGAUGCUGGCCCAGCUGAGGAUAAAGGGUGGCGUGAUGAAAGUGAAGUCAUGGUGCGGGGGCGCCGUCAGAGUCACGGGGCUCACCUCCAUGGACGUCCCUCUCAAGCGCUUCCCCUGCCCCAUCUGCCCCAGCACCACGUACGCCAAGCACGGCUCCCUGCUGGUCCACCACGCCAUCCGGCAUCCACCGAGGAACUCAGGCCGCCACGCCCGUCUGCGGUGCCAGGUGUGCGGACGACGCACCAGCUCCUUACACAAAGCCUUGAAACACAGGGGCCAGCAUCUGAAACAAGCUGCAUUCCAAUGCCACAAAUGCCGACACCGUUUCUGGAACCCGGGGCUCCUGGCUCGGCACAAGUUCUCCUGCCGGGGCGUGACGACCAGUAGCGGGGCCUGGGCGCUGAUGAAGAUGAGGUCUCCGUCGUCUCACGACCAGUCGGACAGCAGUGGACAUUCUCCGGUCCAGCUGACGGUCCCGGCUCUGGUCCAGCCUGAGAGAUCAACAGUCCUGGCUGAGUAUAGUCAGUGAACACAAACAGUUUUCUAGACUAGAUUGUUUUUUGAUGUUUAUUUUUUUUAAAUAAUCCAAGAAGCGAGCAAGAGCUAGCACGUUUUUAACACAAAAAGAUGUGGGAGAAGGCGGAGGGUUUAGUGUGACUAUCAGAAUCUCCCCUGGAUGAACCUGUAAACAACCCUCAGGUGGACGAUGAACUAACGUGGACUUCAAAAGGCCCAAAAUCAAAACCACCACCACCGUCUGUCUCCCCUUCCCCAAAGGUGAAGGAACUCUAGACAACGUGACUUUAGUAGCAUCUGUUUGAAAAGUUAAUUUGAGUUUUUUCUAUCAUCUUGUAUUUUUUUUUAUAUAUAUAUUUAAAUUUCCCCUUUAGCAGUGUUUGCGCAUAAACAUGGAUUGGCCUGUUGUAGGGGUGACAAACCUCCAGUACCAGUUUAUUUUUUCAGAAUAUCUUCACAUUACUCAGUUAAAACGUAUAGUCUUUGUCUAUUGCUCUAUGUGUUUAUUUGUUACCCCAGUGGAGAAAACUCACUUUUUUAUACUGAGACAACAUUUGCCCUCGAGAUAAAUUUAUCUUCUAAGGAAAAAGAAAAGUCCUGAUGUGAUACUCUAAGAAGCUCAUGAAGAUGAGUGUUGGGGCAGUAAAAGGGUUUAUUUGUCACUAAAGGCCAUACUGUGCUAAAGUGACUAAAAAGGUAGAGAAGGUGUUGGGAGGAACAGAAAGUGUUGGUGACCUUGUUUUUAAUGUACACUACUUUUGUGACUUUUUAAAAAAAAAAAACGGGCGUGAACAGAGCAAAAACACAACUCAAGCUGUUUAUGUGUUCAGGAUUUGAAAAGGACAAGAGAAAUAACAGGAGUGUACUGUACAAUUCGUAUUAUAUUUUAUUAUAUAUUGAUUAUUUGCUGUUUUUUACUCCAAGUAUCAUUUCUUUUAUCAUUGUCGGUAUUGUAUGGGCGGGAGGGAACCAGUCGGGGACUGUCUUUGUAAAACAGCGGGAUGAGUAUAUGUAUCGAUGUGAUAUCCUCCCCUUCCCUUUACCUGCUCCCUCAUUGCCACACUUAAGCCCCAUUUUUGUAACAAAGCGUGUACACAUAGUUCAUUACUUAGGUCCUGUCCAGACGUGUUUUUUCCUUUUUAUUUUUCUGUAAAACUAAACCAUGUAAUAUUAUUACUAAAUUACUAUCCUUUUUCUUUGCCUAAAAAGUGAGUUGUUGAAAACCCUCGAGUCAAAUAAAAAAAAAACAAACCCUGAAAUGUUA